AUGUCAGACGAAGGCAUCGCUUCACUAUUGACACAUAUCGAUCAAUUAAAUCCCCUGAAAACAGCAUAUGAAAAAGCGGCUGCACAAAGUAUGCAAUGUGCAGUUUAUUCCAGAUGGUUCUUUGAUGGACAUCCUGUACAUAUGGGACCAAUAGAUUUGAAUCAAAGAGAUGCUUCGUUUAAUGAUUUGGCAGAUGAAUUAGCUAUUGUUGGCACACGGUACUAUUCAGGGUCAACUAUUUCAUAA